AUGGCCAGCCUCAUCAUCACUCUUCUUCAUCUGUUUAUAAAAUUUCCAUCUGAUUUCUUCAAGACAAAAUCCAAAGUGCACCCCUGCAAUCGACUUUUUGAACGAUUGGCAAUCGAUUUCGAUUGGUUUCUCUUCAGUCUCCAGGUUGUUAUUGGUCCUGCAACUGUUGGUGGGAUUCAAGCUGGAGCUUUCAAGAUUGGUGACACUGCUGGAACAAUUGAUAACAUUAUUCAAUGCAAACUGUAUAGGCCUGGAUCUGUUGGAUUUGUCUCAAAAUCUAUAAAAAUGAUUGUUGUGCUUGGGGAACUCGAUGGAAGAGAUGAAUAUUCAUUAGUUGAAGCACUUAAAUCAGGAAAAAUCAAUAAACCAGUAUGCGCUUGGGUCAGUGGAACUUGUGCACGUCCCUUCAAAUCAGAAGUUCAAUUUGGUCAUGCAGGAGCCAAAAGUGGUGGUGAAAUGGAGUCUGCACAAGCUAAAAAUGAAGCACUCAAAGAUGCCGGAGCAGUUGUCCCCACUUCAUUUGAAUCAUUUGAAGCUUCAAUCAAGGAAACAUACGAGAAGUUGGCCGAGGAGGGAAAGAUUACCCCUGUUAUGGAAAUCACUCCUCCACAUUUACCACCAAAAGAAGUUGAUAAUGGCUGCUCCAUGAUGCCACUAUAA